GCCUACUUGCAUUGUGAGGCGACUACUUUCUCUUGCGCACUGUCCAUAUAACCAAUUCCCCACCCUCACUUCACCUUAUGAUGCAUCUCUGACAAUCUUGAGAGGCUAUGCGCCGGCAAUAUAGCCUGGUUGUUUUGGGAAGCGGUGGGGUUGGUAAGAGCGCUUUAACUGUCAAGUUUGUCUCUGGAAAAUUUGUUGAGAAGUAUGAUCCAACGAUAGAGGAUUUCUACCGAAAGGACAUCUUGAUUGAUGGUGUCCGGCAUACGCUCGAGAUUCUGGACACCGCCGGUACGGAACAAUUCUCUUCACUCCGUGAUCUUUACAUCAAAAACGGUCAAUGCUUCUUAGUCGUGUACAGCCUGAUUAGCCAUCAGACAUUUAGCGAUAUUCGAACGAUGCGUGAUAACAUUCUGCGAAUCAAAGGUCUGUCUGGUACUUCUGCCAAAAAGGUUCCAAUCGUAUUGGUUGGUAACAAAGCUGAUCUGGCUCGAGAAGGCCAUCGGGAAGUUCAGCGACGUGAGGCGGAUUCCUUAGCUUCCCAGUGGUGUUGCCCGCAUUUAGAAACCUCUGCGAGAGAUGACUCAGGUGUCAACGAAGCAUUUAUUGAAGUCGUCAAUCAGAUGCUACUUAACCGACCGAAACGACGUUCCUCAUGCUCUGUCGUCUGACCCUGGCAACUGGAUGCUUCGACUAUGUGCCUCCAAUCUUGCGGUCUUAUGUACUGGCAACGCAUCUUCACCCAAUUUGCGCCAAAUCCUCGGCUGCGGCUCUACGCCCAUUCCCAUCCUCUACCCUGUCCAUUGCACCCAGCUUUGGAUCCACCGCUCAGCUUUCAAUCAAUCCCCGAUCUCUACUGUUUCUAUUUUCUCUUCCUCAUUUGGUCAUUUGCCAUCAUGCU